CUCCUGUGAAACCUAAAACCCUUGAAAAAUCCCUAAAUCGUUGAUUUUUGUCGCUGGGGCUCGGCGCGAAGAUCGUUGAGAUACUAUCCCCAUGAAGACGGUCACUGGAAAAGUCAUCAGCGCCGAGCCCUUCUCCAUCUCCAAAGCGGCGUCGAUCCUCUCCAAAUUUGCGUCAUCCGAGAACGGCGCUACGCAAGCCGUAAGCGCGUACCUCCGACGCACCUCCGCGGCCUUCAACGAGCUGAAGGGUCUUCACAGGGGCAUAAAAGUUUCGUCCUUGAAGGAGAAGAAGCCCAGGUCCGACGUUACACUGGAGCGAGACCCGACCCGUGGAUCCGGCGAGCCGAAUCGAUCCAACGACGUGAGCUGGGGAAUUUGCGAUGGAAUUCAGAAGAAGAAGCAUAAGAAGAAGGAGGAGAGUGACGGGGUUGGUGAACUGGUUGGGAAUGGUGACCGGGAAAGCAAGACCGUGACGGAGGAGGAGCCGCUUCAUGGGAGAGUAGAGGCGAGUCAAGGACCGAGUCAGGAUGGAGCGAGUGAGACAAAGGAGGGCAAGAAGAAUAAGAAUAAGAAGAACACGAAAGACAGAAAAGAAGCUGGAGAUGUUGAGGGCGGAAAAGUAACAGCGAAAGGUAAAGCAGAAGACGUUAAUAGGAAGGGCGAGAAAAUGGAGAAGAAGAAGAGGAGGAAGAGUGAUGGAGAAAUGGUUUCCGAGGAGAAGAAGAGCAGGAAGAAGAGAAGGGUGGAGGAGUUAGAUAAUUGAAGUUGGUUGCUUUUUCCAAUUCUAGUUGAAAAAUGAGGAAAAUUUUUUGUAGCUUAAGGUUUUACUCUGGCAAUUUGGAUUCAGAAUGAUUUGAUAUACGAAAUUGUGAUAGGAAGAUAUUGUCUUUGUGAAAUCAUGUUAUAUGCAAUGGCGUUUGCAUUGUU